UACAGUCAGCAAUGCAGCUGGUUGUCUUUCACUAGUUUAAUUGUCACAUUUUCAGCUUUCUAGCUUCAAUAUUGGAGUCACUUCAGAUUUCAGACGACUAUUAAACAUCCGCAGUGAACUUGGCUUCGUCUAAAGGAAAUAAUUUGUGUGACAUGCAGAAAAUGAGCUACUUCUCCCCUCUGCUCUUCGUGUGCCUGGAUGUCUGCGUGGUGCAGGCCUUCCGCUUGGCACAGCUCUCGCCUCUCCUCCUCAGCCACCCGUUCAUCACCCUGUGGGCAGGAGGGAUAACCAGGGCUACCUUCCUCCUGCUUCUCAUCCUCACCUUUCCUGGUAACCUGCCAUGGAUGAGCAGCUUUGAGGGGCUCCAAAGUUUAGGGGUCCUUUGCUUUCUCUUCCCAGCAUACACCAGUCUUCUCUGGGUGCUGGGGCAGCCCACCAUGGAGGAACUAUGGGGGUGGCACUCCUGGGAAAGGGUGUUGCACAGUUAUAUUGUGACUGUGGUGGCGUGGCUUUACUGGAGCAGAUAUGUGUCAUCUCUUUUGCUCUCCUGGGGUCAAUACAUCUCAUCUCUGUGGACGAGGAAGCCCUCCGAAAAACCAAAAAAGGACACCGGUGCCUCUCUUAAGAAAAUGAUGGGAUACAUGAAGCCCUAUUUCUGGCGUUUUGUUGCUGUGCUGAUUCUUGUGGUUCUCUCUUCCUAUGGUGAGAUGGCUAUUCCUCAGUACACUGGUCGUGUGGCUGACUGGAUUAUAAAUGAAGAAGCUCCUGAUGCAUUCACAGAAGCCAUCACAGCCAUGACCCUAAUGACUAUUGCCAGUGCUGUGCUUGAGUUUGUGUGUGACCUCACGUACAACAUCACCAUGAGCCGCAUACACACCUCAGUGCAGGGAGUCGUCUUCCAGGCUGUGCUGAAACAGGAGAUAGGUUUCUUUGAGUCCACUUCAACUGGUGAACUGGUGUCCCGCAUCACCACGGAUACCAACGAUAUGAGCGAGGCGCUGAGUGAGAAGCUAAGUCUUGUGAUGUGGUACACGGCUCGUUUUGGCUUCCUUUUAUACUUCAUGGUGAGCCAGUCAUGGAAAAUGUCCCUGCUUACUUGCAUGGGACUGCCAAUCAUCUGGGUCAUACCGGAGCUCACUGGACACUUCCACCAGACUAUUGCCGUAAAGGUUCAGGAGUCUCUAGCUAAGGCCAACCAGGUGGCCACAGAGACCUUCUUCAACAUGACGACUGUGAGGAGUUUUGCCAACGAGGAUGGUGAGACGGAGAGAUACAGACAGCGACUGGAGGAUACUUACGCCCUUAACAAACAGGAAGCAGCAGCCUAUGCAGCCUCUACCUGGGCCAGCAGCAUGACCACUUUAGCAUUGAAGGUGUUCAUUCUGUACUAUGGAGGGACGCUUGUGACCAGAGGGGCUGUUAGCAGUGGAGACCUGGUGUCCUUCGUCCUGUACGAGCUACAGUUUGCCUCUGCUGUUGAGGCUGUCAUGCGUUAUUAUCCAGAGGUGAAGAAGGCAAUUGGCGCCUCUGAAAAGAUCUUCGAAUAUUUGGAUCGGGACCCUAAGGGACCUCCUGAUGGCACUCUGGCCCCGAAAAGCCUUAGAGGACACAUUCAGUUUAAAAACGUUAAAUUUUGCUACUCUAGUGGGACAGAAAAUAACACUCCUUUGCUCAAGGACCUGUCUAUGGAGAUGAAGGCAGGCCAGAUCACCGCCCUCGUAGGGCUAAACAGAUCAGGGAAGUCCACUUGUGUUAAGCUGCUGGAGAGGUUUUAUCAGCCCGAAGCAGGAGAAAUCCUACUGGAUGGGAAACCACUGCUAAGCUACAAAGACCAGUACCUUCAUGACAAGAUCGCUGUUGUGAAUCAGGACUGCACGCUCUUUGCUCGCUCAGUGCGGGAGAACAUCAAAUACGGGUACGAGGAUGCUUCUGAUGAGGAAAUGCACAGAGCUGCCAAGCUGGCUAGUGCCCACGAGUUCAUCAAGGACCUGUCAAAGGGAUACAACACAGAUGCCGGGGAGAAGGGAGGACAGGUGUCUGGAGGCCAGAAGCAGCGCAUCGCCAUAGCCAGAGCCUUAAUCAGACGUCCUAAAAUCUUGAUACUGGACAACGCCACCAGUGACUUGGACUCAGAGAAUGAAUAUCAGGUCCACCAAGCUCUGUUAAAACAAACCGACGACUGCACUGUGCUGCUGAUAUCCAACAAGAUGAGUGUUGUGGAGAAAGCCCAUCACAUAAUUGUCCUGAAUGACGGGGUGGUGCAGGAGGAAGGCACUCAUGAAGACCUGAUUGGGAAAAGUGGCCUUUAUGCUGAACUGGUGAAAAAGCAAAAUGAGGGCUUCUGCCGUAAAGAAGAGGGGAACAAUGAAGACUAAUCUGCGUGGGUGGCGGCUUGCCCUCGAGCCAGAGAAGCAGACGAGUGACAGGAACGUUGUUGCUGAUUAGAAGUCCAGACUUGAAGGGUCAAAACUCCAGUAACACUAGCAUUAUAAAAACUAUCUUUAUUGCAAGACCAUACUUAAUAUCAGAGGUGUUGCUAGAGUUUUGGCCCAUUAAGACUAUUUCCCCUCUUUAAUGCAUCUUGAACUUACGGGAAGUUGUGCCAGAAAUCCCAGAAGAAGAGUUCCUGAAAAGUCAGCAGCCUUUGAGCUGAAUAUCUAAUCCCCAGCUGCUCCAGGAAGAUGAGGAACUUGUAUCAAGGGACAUUUUAAUUUAUAUUUCAAUAUGGAUUGACUCUAAAAUACAACAUAUAUAACAAUAAAACAUUUGCAACAUUGUCCAUGAUGCUCUGCUACAACCUAUAACUCA